AUGUCGAAAGAAAAAUUAUUCGCUUCGGAAUCUUUCAUUCCUUUCGUGCAGCACCUGUAUGCACGCUUGAAACCUUCUCAUGAAAAAGCAAAUCUAUUCUUUUCGCCAUUGAGCAUCUACUCUAGUCUUGCCUUGGCUCUGUGUGGAGCAUCUGAGAAAACUCACCACGACAUCGCCUGCAUCCUCAAUGUCGAAACCGCUCAUCUACAAGACCUUGGUGAUAGAAUUUCAGAUAUAAAGACCGGUGACAAGUUGGGCACUCUUAAGCUGGCCAAUGCAAUUUUCUGGGAUGCUGGAUUCGAAGUUGACCCUAACUUCAAGAAGGAUGUUCAAUCAUACUUCAAUGCUGAAGGAAAGCAGGUGAAUUUUGCUUCAAGCCACGAGGAAUCAAGGAAACUCAUUAAUGAAUGGGUUGAAAAGGAAACCGAAAAGAAGAUUAAAGAACUACUGCCAAGUGAUUCAAUUGACAAUAGCACACGACUUGUUUUGGCAAAUGCCAUAUACUUCAAAGGAACUUGGGAGAAGGUGUUUCACCGCGAUGCAACUCACGACGCACCUUUCCACACACUGGAUGGAAAAGAGGUUACUGUGCCAAUGAUGAAGGACAAUGGAGUGUACGAGACAUACGAAUUCAAUGAGAUUAGUGCUACCUGUGUCAAAAUUCCAUUCAAAACCUGCCAUAUGCUAAUCGUUUUGCCCAACGAUAAUAACGGUCUGCCAUCUUUGUUGAAACAUCUUUUGGAUACUCAUCAUCGUGACCACUUCGAUGCCCUCUUCAAAUCUUCAAAUUAUAAUGAGGAUAGAUAUGACCUCAUAUUGCCCAAAUUCAAGCUUGGAGCCAAUGGAGAAGGUAUGGAUUUGAAGGAAACAGUCUCAGGAAUGGGAGCUGCAUCUAUGUUUGAUCAGAAUAAAGCCAAAUUCGAGCGUAUCACAACGAAGGAAAGGCUUUAUGUUUCAGCGAUGGUGCAUAAAGCUAUGAUCGAGGUGAAUGAAGAGGGAGCCGAGGCAGCUGCAGCCACAGGAAUGUCGAUCAUGCCAAUGUCAAUUGUGCCCUGUAUUAAUGCCGAUCAUCCAUUCCUCUUCUUCAUUGUCACUGACAAUGAAUUCCCAGUAUUUGCGGGUCAUGUGAUGAAUCCAUUGGAAGAAUAG